AUUACUGUUUACUGUAUCAUUGCCAUCCAGGUGUCUGGAGUGUGUUACAGAAGGACAUUUGAAAAGAGUUCAUUGAUUUUAUGAAGACUACUAAUAAUAGAGAGAAAUACAUUUUGGAGCUGUUUUAAGAACUUGCAGGGCUGUUUUCUACAGUAAAGCGCAGAACCUUGCCACAGGCCCACAACAAUGUCAGAAGAUUCGACAGCGUUUCUCCUCAUUUAUAUCAUCACUUUCCUGAUUGGUUUUCCUAAUGCUAUGCUGGCGUUCUGCUCAUGUAUUCGCAAGAUUCAGCGUAAACCUGUCCCCAUUGACAUGUUCAUGUUGAACCUUGCUGUUUCUGACCUCUUCUUCCUCACCUUCUUGCCUUUAAAGAUGAAAGAGGCAGCAGAUAACAUGUCUUGGAGCAUGCCUCGUGUCCUGUGCCGCUUCAGUGUGAUCGUGUUCUUCGCUCCUCUCUAUUCCAGCAGCCUGUUCCUGGCAGCGAUCAGCGCUGAGCGCUAUGUGUGUGUAGCGUUUCCAUUUAAGUAUAAAAGUCCAAAAAGGUUCAUUUAUACAAUACUUAUAUGCGUUUUCAUCUGGGUGCCUGUUGUAAUAAUUUCAAUAUUUCCAUACAUGGCAGCAUUUUCAGAUUCUGACGAAGUGGACAACAACACUAAUAAGCCUCAGAACUGUUAUAUUAACUUCACGGCGAAACAGCUAAAAGCAUUGCUUCCGGUGCGGAUGAGUUUAGCAGUGUUGUUUUUCCUUCUACCCCUGCUUGUCUGCUGCUUCUGUUACAUCGCUUUAAUUCGUAUUUUGAUGAAGUGUCCUCUCUUCAAGCGGCAGCGUAAGCUCCGGGUGAUCGGACUGCUUGUGGGGACGCUCCUUGUGUUUGCCAUUAGUUUCGCACCCUUCAAUGCAUCACACAUAGCGGGCUUCAUCAAAAAACAAACUCCAAAUUGGCGCAUGAACACGUUAAUGCUGAGCACUUUAAAUGCAUGUUUUGAUCCUAUUAUAUAUUUCUGUAUCUCUAAGGAUAUGAGAAAGGCCAUCAAAGUAUGCGUGAAAACCUUACGCAAUGUUUUGCCUAAUAAAGCGAUUUGUUGCUGUUGUCGUAAACUUAAGAACGGUAUCACCAAAAUAUCUUGUAAUUAAAUUACACAAAACAAAUGUACAAACACAUCAUAUGGUAACCUACACUUCACUUGGGGUGUAUGUGUUUUUAUGGGAGGCUGCAAGCAGAAAAGGACCCUACACCUUAUCACUAAAAUACCUGACCUGAGAGCAUCUCGCCGAUCUUUGUGCUUUCAGAGAUUGACACGGUCCCUACAAAGAGUUCAGUUCUCCUUGUUGCAGGAUAUCUGUUCAAAUUCACUUCACAAAAGGCCUUCGUUCAGAACACCCUGCAUGUGCGGCACA